ACCACUCAUGGGCUCUCUCUCCCUCUCUCUCUCUCUCUCUCGUGUAGCUAGCUCAUAGGGACACACUUUGGAGAUUGGAGGCCGGAGGGGAGAGCUCAGCUCAGCUCGUCCCAUCGUCGAUCUCCGUCUAGCUACCUCUACUUACUCCAUCUAGCUCGCUUGCUUCUUGGUUGCUGGGCAUGGACAAUAUGACCCACAACUCGAGCAGCAGCAGCUCCUGGGACUUAGACAUGAGCCUCGGUAGCCACCACCAUCCUCUGCUCUUCGACCACCCGACCCCAACUCCGCCGGCGCCACCGCCACCGCCAUUAUCCUUCCACCUCCACCCUCCUCCUCCUCCACCCCCUCAUCAACACCAUCAGCAGCACCAGCAGCACCAGCUAGCCAUAGAUCCCUCCCCUUCUUCCUCCCUCUUCCCUCCUCCACCUCACCACCACCCCCAUCAUCUCCACCACCUCGACUUGGCCGUCGACCCCCACCGACAUCACCAUGACUACCAACGUGACCAGCACCCGGACGAGAUGCAGCAGCGGCCGCCGCCCGCGAUGGAGGAGGGCUCGCAGCAGCUUCAUCACCAGGACGCGGUUGACGAGGCGGAGGAGGAGCUGGGUGCGAUGAAGGAGAUGAUGUACCGGAUCGCCGCCAUGCAGCCGGUGGACAUCGACCCGGCCACCAUCAAAAAGCCGCGCCGCCGCAACGUCCGCAUCAGCGAGGACCCGCAGAGCGUCGCUGCCCGUCACCGCCGCGAGCGGAUCAGCGAGCGCAUCCGCAUCCUCCAGCGCCUCGUGCCUGGGGGCACCAAGAUGGACACGGCAUCGAUGCUCGACGAGGCCAUCAGAUACAUCAAGUUCCUCAAGCGCCAGGUCCAAGACCUCCAACACCAGCCUGCGCCGCCGCAACAACAGCACUAUCCCGGCGGAGGCGGCAGCGGCGGCGCUGGUCCGAGCAGUACCGCCGCCGUGGCCGGGCGGCCGGCUUUCUUGCCGCUGAGCGCCGGAUCCCUGAUCGACUGGGCCGGGCUGACGAGGCAGGUGGAUAUCCACGGGCCAACGUCGUCGUCUUCCUCGUCGUCGAUGGGCGGCGCGCUAGGUUUCGGAUUCAGCACGGGCGGUCAAAGCAGCCACGGAAUGCACUGAGAAGCUAAAGAAGAGCGAGCGAGCGAGCGAGCUGUCCCAUAUAGGCGAUGGAUGGAUUAACUAGGGAUGGAUGAAUCGAUGAGAUGACUAGAGAGAGGUAAUUUUGAUUUAAUUUCCUCCUAACGCUUCUUCUUCUUCUUCUUCUUCUUCUUCUUCUUCUUCUUCUUCUUCUUCUUCUUCUUCUUCUUCUUCUUCUUCUUCUUCUCCUUCUCCUUGCGAGUUUGUGUACUGGAUGUUUUCUAUGAUGAAAUUAAGUACAAUUUAUCAAUAAGAUUAGCUAGGGUUUGCUCCAAUUAGCCGGUUGACCAUGUGAUCUAUCUAGCUUCAUGCUUAAUUUUGUACUGCUUCAACUUGUCUCAUUUGCUAAGAAUUUCUUGCUGGGAGCCUGGUA